UGCCCAUGAGAAAAUGUUUUAGGAAAGAGUCUUUUAAACACAAAACGUAGUUAACUCUCUUCGUUAAGGGAGAAAUAUAUAGUAGCAAAAUGUCUCACAGUUACUAUAAUAAACAAUGGACAGAUGGACAGUCAGCUCUGGUGGAAAUCUUACAACAAGAAUUACCACCAGAACCUCCCAAACCAGAACGGGAUCGUCUAGCUGCGUUCCAGCUGUUAGCUACCAUGUACAUCAAAUAUGUUCAAAUAUUCCGUAAAUUAGAACAAUCAUAUGAUCAAGUGGUUCAUCCUCAGAAAAGAAGAGUGUUACGUCAUGUUUUAGAUGGAGUUAUGGGUAGAAUAUUAGAGUUAAAACAUGAAAUGGUUAAUCUAGAAUUUGCUGAAUAUCAUUAUUUUGAUGAUGUUUUAUCAGAUUUAAAAUUGACACCAAAUGACAUUGAAAUUCCAAUACCUAAAUAUUUUAUCAAUGAACGUACUAAGUCAUUGAAAGAAAGAGAGAAGUUAUUGGGGCAGAUUCUGGCAAAGAUUGGUCCUCAAGAUCAAGACAAGGACUCUGAUGAGGUCAGAAUGCCUUUAGAAGAAGCUAUACGUUUGAUCCAAGUACAUGAAAGAGCUCGUCAAGGUCGUUUAAGAGCCAAAUUUAUGAGAGAAAUUCGUCAACAAGAAGAGAGAGAAAGAAAUGCAUCUAAACAAGGGCAGUCAACUCUUGAUCCAGAAGUUGCUGUUUUACGAAUUCAAAAAAUUUGGAAAGGAUUUGCCCAGAGAAGAAGAACAAAAAGAGAGAGAGAUGAAGAAAUGAUAUUUAUAGGAAUGGCGCCACCACCAUUACCAUCCAGCAGUAAAAAUUUACCUCAGACUCUAGCUCAGAAAACAGAAGAGCAACGUCGAAAAGUCCAGGACCAGCAUGAACAAGAGUUUCAACAAGCAUUGAUUAGUAUUAAAGAUAAAAUACGAGAUACAGAAGGUCAAGAUAUUAAAGAAACUAUGAUGGAUCAAAUUAGACAAUGGUUUAUUGAGUGUCGAGAUGCAACAGGAAAGUUUCCAGAAUACCCUGAUGAAGAUGAUGGUGGAUCAGCUCUUAUUUUCAAACAACAAGAUCCAGCUGAACUAGAAAAACAGAUGAAAGAAAAGGAAGAUGACAAAGGGAAAGGAAAAAAGGACAAGAAAAAGGAUAAGAAAAAGGAUAAGAAGGAUAAGAAAGGGAAAGGCAAGGGUAAAAAGGGGAAAGGGGAUGAUGAUGAAGAAGAAGAAGGAUGGAAAAUGGCCCAGUCUAAUUUUGUUGGUGCUGUUCAAGAGGGUUCUGAAGACUACAAAGGAGUUUGGCAGACAAGAGAUGAAUCUGAAAAUUUCUCUCAGAAACAUGAUGGUGAAUUAAUUAAAGAAGAGAAACGUAAAGAAGUUGAAGAUGAAAUCAGAAUUCAGGUUGAUGAGUUGAUGAGAACAGAAUUAAAAAAUCUUAAAACUGCAGUAGAUCGUGAUAAGGGCAAGAAGAAAGGUAAAAAAUCUGGUAAGAAGAAGAAAAAGAAGAAGAAGAGUGGGAAGAAGGGAAAAAAGAAGAAAGAAAAAGAUUUAACACCAGAUAGAACUAUAGAAGAUUUAUAUGAAGAAUUAGUAUCUCAAGGUAUAAUAGUACGAUCACCAACUGUUAGUUUAAAAGACUAUUGUGGUGAAUAUAGUUAUCUUGGUACUACUUUACGUCAAGCUAAUAUAGAACCUAUGCCAUCAUUGAGUGAUGUUCGUAGACUUGUUACAGAGUUUGGUAUACUUCACUUAGGUUCAGCUGCUGUUCAUGAGAAAGCACCUUUAACUAAAUCUCUGUUAUUAGCUGGUCCUCGAGGAACUGGUAAAAAAAUGUUGGUACAUGCUAUAUGUACUGAAACUGGUGCCAAUCUUUUUGAUUUGAGUCCUGCUAAUCUGGCGGGAAAAUAUCCUGGAAAAGAUGGUUUGAAAAUGUUGAUGCAUCUAAUAUUUAAGGUUGGUCGAGCUUUACAACCAUCAGUAUUUUAUAUUGGAGAUUGUGAGAAAAUGUUUAAAAAGAAAAUUCCUAAAACGGAUCCAACAGAUCCCAAGAGAUUAAAGAAAGAAUUACCGAAAGCCUUGAAGAAUGUGAAAGGAGAAGAUAGGUUAUUAUUAGUGGGUACAUCAAGAUGUCCAUUUGAGGCUGAGAUGAAACCAUUUGUUGGUUGUUAUCAACGUAUUAUAUUAAUACCUAGACCAGACUAUGCUUCUAGACACUUAUUAUGGCGUCAUCUGAUUACUAAAAAUGGUGGAACAAUAAGUAACCUGUUAGAUAUCAGUUCUUUAUCAAAGGUUACAGAUGGUUAUACCCCAGGCCAUAUGGUUACAGCUGUUCAUCAAGUAUUAACAGAUAGACGUAUACAGCAAUUAGCCAAAAAGCCAUUACAAUCUGUAGAGUUUAUAGCUCCACUAGCUCGUAUUGACCCUAUUUAUAAAGAGGAAGAAGAAUCAUUUAAGUCAUGGUAUGCUAAAACUCCACUGGGAAAGAAAAGAGCCAAAGCUGCUCAAGCUGAUGAAGAUGGUGAUGGUGGUGGAGGUAAAGGUGGAAAGGGCAAAAAAGGAAAGAAAGGCAAGAAAGGAAAAAAGGGCAAGAAAGGCAAAAAAUAACAUGUACAUUUAUAAUAUGCAGCAUUAUGUGAUAUGUAUAGGAAACUUUUUAAGAAGAAUAUUAAGAAAUUAUAGUUGUUUUGUGCUAUAGCUGGAUUAGAGAGAAUAUUGAUCAGGUCUUCCAAGUUAAGUUAUCUAUGUUUAAUAAGCCCUGUUUAUAUUAUUAAACUUGUCUGUUCUGAGAACUGUUCCCACAACGGAAUUGAUAAAAAGCAAGGUGUCUAAACAUACAAGUGUUCUGAGAACUGUUCCAAUUCAAGACUACAGAGAAAAUUUCUCAGAAUGGAACACAUAAAAUAUCUUAGAGUAAACUGUAUCCGUUCCGAGAACAGUUGUUGAGCAUGUGUCCUAACCGCUUGACAUUUUCUGUGAGCAGACAAAUUUGCCUUCAUGGAGAGUUUCAUCUAAAAUGCGUCUGAGAGCAGAUCGUUUACACUAUUGUUAUAGAACUAUUCUUGGAAUGCUCCAAAUUGUAGUAGUGUAAACUGUAAGAAUUAGGUGAUUUUACUGAGUCCAGGUCUAGACCGAGAACAGAACAAUUAGCUUUCUAAUGUAAACAAGUUAUAGUCUAGUAGGGAUUUAAGAGGUUUUGAGUGAAACACCAUUCCAUUUUAAGGCACAGCAUACAAUACGUAAUAAUUUAUAACUUCACAAAAACAAUUUUGAUAUCAAAUGGUACACGUAGAAAGACAUCCAAGUUGAAUUGUGCCUUAAUGUUUUUAUGUUUGAAGAUUCUAUCUCACUGGCCAAAAACUUGACUUGGAAGCCCUUAUCAUUUUCUGUUUAAUGGAGGUUGGUUCAUGACUGUGUUUAUCUAUAGAUAUUUUGAAAAUAAAUUGUUAAUAUCUUAAUUUAUUAUCUAUUUUAUAUUUAUUUUAAAUAAACAACUGAUUAUAAUAAUAUGUUUAUUAUUUCUAAGUUGAAAUCUUUACAUCAUGUAACUGAUUUAUGUGCUAGCUUGAAAUCUAGUAUCAGUAACCUUGAGUUAUUAUUGUCCACCUAGCUGUAAAUUGGUACAGAUAAUCCAUAAAAAUCAGUCUCAUU